AUGGAAGACAUCUUUAAGGUAAAACAAGGAAACACAAAAUUACUCAGAGAGUUUGUGGAUAGAUUCCAACGGGAGAGGAUGAUAUUACCACGAGUACCUGGCAAUUGGGCAGCCAUGGCAUUCGCGGGAAAUCUAAACGAGAAAAGUUCAGAAGCCAUGAGGAGACUGAAGGAAAGUUUGCGAGAAUUUCCACCAACAACUUGGAAUGACGUAUACAAUAGAUACAACACGAAGCUACAGAUAGAAGAAAACAUGGUUGUACAACCAAUGGUUGAUGAAAGAGCAGGGUCGAGACACUCAGAAUCAGAAAAAAAGACCAGGAAAAAUAGGUACGAGCCUUACACGGGUCUUGCAGGUCAAGAUUCUCGGUCUAAACAAGAAAACUCACGAUCUGAAUCAAGAUCAAGGAAAAAAGAUGCGGGUUCUUCAUCUAGAUUCAGAAAGGAACUGGAUACACGAGGCAACGACUCCAAUAAACAUGCGAGGGUCGGUGAUUACAGUUUUAAUGUCAGCACCUCCGAGUUAGUGGCUGUUUUAAAAGGUAUGGGAGAUAAGGUGAGAUGGCCUAAAGAGAUGAGAUCAGACCCGAGCAAAAGAAAUCUAGAUUUUUGGUGUGAAUUUCACAACGAUCAUGGCCAUAGAAUAACAGAUUGUAGGUUACUACAGGAGGAAGUCGAGCACUUGUUGAAACAAGGUUAUCUAACUGACCUGUUCAGUGAAAAAGGCACACAAUCGUGUAUGAAGAAUAGACAAGAACCCCCGAAACCCCUAUCUCUAAAAAGAACAUUCAAUGUAAUAACUGGGGGAGACGAGGUCAAUAGUUUGACGUAUACAGCUGCAAAAAAGACGUCAAAAGUCACAAUCACUCAUGGGAAGCGAGUUCGCCAAAUCUUGGACGGAGACAAUAUAACAUUUGAUGAUGAAUAUGCAGACGACUUGAUGAUUCCUCACAAUGACGCACAGAUAAUAUCUCUACUUGUACACGAUACUAACGUAAAGUAG